ACUUUUAAUUUUACCAAUUUUACUUUUUUAUACAAUAUUUAAUUUUUCACCUUUAUAUUUAAAAAAAAAAACUCAUUCAAGAUGAUGGAAGGAUUGAAUAUGUUGGGGCAGGAGGAGUACAUAUGGGCUAUGAAAGAGUGUAGUCACAGGGAUGAAACGGAAGCUCAGAAAGCACGAGAAUCCAAAUACUCUGCACAUGUGCAGCUGCUAAUAAAAAAAUCCAAAUAUUCAAUGGGUGUGGAAAAUCAGACUAAAGUGGUGGCUUCUCUCGUUCCUGACGAAGUAAUUUAUCACAUAAACGACUACAGGCGCAAGAAAUACGACGCUUGUUUUCUUUUUGGCGAUGUUUCUGGUUUUACAGAACUGUGCGAAAAAUAUAGCACCAUGGGGACUUCCGGAACAUCGAGAAUGACUCAAACCUUGAACAAAUACCUCGGUUCGAUGGUCCAAGAAGUGUUGUGUCAUGACGGUGACAUCUUGAAGUUUUCUGGCGACGCUUUCAUCGCUAGUUUUAAAUGCACCGAAAGUGAGAGUAUGCGGGAUGCCGUACAUGGAGCAAUGGAUUGUGCUUUAGUCAUCCAGAAAAACUAUGGGUCUUACUUAACGGAUAUGGGAGUAGUGAUCCGAGUAAAACUGGCGAUUUCUGCCGGUCCUGCGGUCUUCGGUCUCAUUGGAAAUAAGAACAACACCCACUACGUGGUGGUGGGACAACCCAUCCGGGAAGUUAAAGCGGCAGAACACAUAAGCAGUGCAGGAGAUAUCAUGGUGACAACAGCCGCUUAUAAACACGUUAACGCCAACGAAUACAUCGUCGAAGCGACAGGUGAUAACAUUCACGUCAAGCUUAUCGGCGUUGGACAUAACUGGCGCAGUAUUCAAAAAAAUAUACAUCAACAGAGAGUCGACCAAGCACAAGAUUACUUCAGCUUGGGCUCGGACUCUUCAGACUCCGACUCUUUAAGCGAGACACAAGAAAUCGACGAAUAUACUCUGAGACCUGCCGUGAACACAGCAGUUCAACAAAAAAUGAAAGAAGCUUUAAAACGGUACAUCAUAGCUCCCGUCAUGAAAACUAUAACGAUGAACGAGCCUUUGGAAUUUUUAUGCGAAAUGAGACAAGCUACCACUGUAUUUAUUAACGUCGUUUCGUACCCUCUUCCUGACGAAAAAACAGUCAUUUUGGCAAACGAAACGUAUACAGCUGUGUGCAGCGUGGUGGAAAAAAAGAACGGCUGCGUGAAUAAAGUGUCAUUUUUUGACAAGGACAUGAUGUUGGUGGUUAUCUUUGGAUUGCGGGGAUUUAAGCACGAGUUAGAGUGUCAAAUGGCUUUAAGGUGUGCCAGAGAAUGCCAUACAGCUAUCAGCCAUCUACCAGGGGUUGCAUCUACCUCAAUUGGAGUUACUACAGGUAAAACGUACUGUGGUGUGUUCGGACACACUCUUCGUCGGGAAUACACCGUAAUCGGCCUCAUUGUUAACAAAGCUGCCCGACUAAUGAUGGCAUAUAAGAAUAAGGUUACGUGCGAUAAAGCCACUUUCUUGCAUAGCAAACUGGAGGCGAAUAAUUUUAUCUUGCAAGAUUACGUACCUUUGAAGGGAAUUUCUCGUCCGGGACCAGUGUAUGAGUUUGUGGAAGCGGACAUAGACCAUGACGUUAUUCAAAAGAUUGAUGCUUGCCCCUUACUCGGAAGAAACGACGAACUUAAACUCUAUCACAUGAUGUUUGAAGCAUGGAAAACAGGAACUAACCAAGGACGUUACAAAAUGUUAUUGGUUAAGAGUGAGUCCAGGCAAGGGAAAACGCGUCUUUUAGAUGAGUUUGUCUACACAACACCUGACAAGACAUCCGUGUAUAAAAUUACACUAACCAGGAAAGAUAACAACAGACCAUACAGAGCAAUCGAAUUAAUAUUUAGAUUUCCGUUGAACCUGACUAAAGAGUCGACCACAAAAGACAAAGAAGGAAAGAUAUUGAAAAAGCUGCAGGCGUUAAAAGUCAACGAUGUACUUUGUGCAUUGAACGACGUAUUUGGCGUUAAUUUUAAAAAAUCAGAAUUUUACAUGUCACUGAACGCCGGUGAUAAAUUGUCGGCGUUGCGGAAGUUGAUUACGACUCUGGCUCGGGCUUGUUUUUCGAAAAUGUGGAUACUCGCAAUAGACGAUUGUGAAUUUAUCGACAUCUGGUCUUGUAGCAUUUUCAACGCCUUGUUUGAAGUGGAGAAGCUUUUCAUUGUUGGUACUAUGAUUAUAGACACGUUUGAUGUCUCUGCACCAGUGAAACGAGUUAUGAAAGACACACGUAUCAAAGAAAUUAUUCUUAAACCAAUUCGACGAUUAUACCUAGCAGCUAUUGCUUGUCAUAUUUUAGAUGUCUAUGGCAUUUCUCCAGAAUUAGAAAAUGUCAUCCAAACCAGGAGCAACGGUAGUCCUGGAUGGAUAGAAAGUUACUUGAUUUGUUCCCAUCAGGAUAAAAGUUUGAAAAUUGUUAAAGCAACAUUACUCGAAGUACACAAACUUGGUUUAGUUUGUCCUCCACUGUAUAUGAUGGCAAGAUUAACUAAAGAAGAGGCGCACAUGUGGCAGACAGUGAUGGAAGAGAGGACGUUGCCUGCAGGUUACACCGGACAAGUCGAUCACUGGGAAAGAUAUAUCGACAGCUGUCGGGACGCUUAUUUAAAUAUUGUCGUCCGAGGAAGAAUGGAGGCUAUUGAUAAAGACGGCAAACUACCAGUCUGCGUAAUUUCCGAAACAUUUUCAGUCAGUGACAACGACAAUGAACUUUCGUUGGACGCCAUCAUACUAAAAACAUUUGACUCGUUGAGCUACUACGAACAGUUGUUGGUAAAAUGCGGUGCUAUUCUAGGAAAUCAGUUUUUCCGAACCAUGCUGUUCUAUGUCAUGUCUGCCGAAGAUAAAAGAAAAUUCGCUUUGGCCGUUCAAAAGUUAUUCGACAUAAAAGUAUUGACUUGUGCCAAAGGAGACUUCUAUGAAGAGGGCACAGGCGUUUUUUCCCAAAGACUAUUGAAUCCUGCUCUAGAAAUCCAACCUGCUUGUCACUGCAGAGGUUUGAUUAUUCCCAACGUCUGCAUGGAUUUACCUAAAUACGCUUCUUGUGGUUAUCUGCAAUUCAGAUCGUCUAUGUUCCGUAACAUCACCUACAAUCUCUUGACGGAUAACCAAAAGAAGGAAUUCCAUCACAGGGCUAUGAACUAUUUGGAACGCGAAACUAACAAGUGCAACUCCUGUGGUGGUCGAUAUUUUGAAAAUAUUUUCGGCGCUAAACACGAUAAGGAACUCGUCGCAAUUAGAAUUAACGAAAAGAAACUCGAAGCUGCUACUAGAUGGCACGGGUCUACUACAGAGACUAUCAGUACUGAGCGCUCUUCAGUGCAUUCGGGUAGCAUUAGCGAGAUAAGUACCGGUUCGGGUAGAUUUUCACGAAAAAAAUCUGCGAUGUCGGAGCGAUCGCGGGCUUCCAGCGUCGACAUCAAAAGUAUUGCGGUGUCCGAACAGGCCUUUGGCAUGUCUAUGAUGAAACGGUUGAGAGAUAGCUAUUCCUUGACAAGAACCUUCUCAAGAGAAGACUUUACAGAUUGUCGAUGUAAUUUAAUUUUGAGCACGACGUAUGCUCAACUGAUUGAGCACUGUAACGGCGCUGGAGAACUUUACAAACUUAUAGAAGCAUUACUGGAAUACUCCCGUAUUAACAUAAUUUCUACUAACUUUCCAUUAGCCUUGAAAUCAUUAAAUGAAGCGUUGGAUGCCUUACAGCGCAUCGAAGCCGCAGACACUGUGAAAGAAAACAUGUGGAAAUUAUCUUUGAUAUCGGCCAAAAUUUAUAGUCUCGCUGGUUUCUGUCUGCUAGAGAUGGGUUAUCUGGAUCAAGCUGAAGUAGAGUUACGUAAAGCCUUAAGCAAGUACGAAAUCACUUUUCCAAGAGGCGUCCACAGGCAGAUGAAAGUGUUUCAUUACAAAGUAAAACACUACAUAGGUUUCCAUUUCUUACCGCGCCUGUUAAUGAAACCUUUAGACUAUUGGGGGACGCUGUACAGCAAUAAUCUUUCCGAAUGUUUAUCUCACCUGUGCAUAGUAUUCGUGUACAAAAAGAAGUGGAGAAGAGCCGAAAUGGCGGCUACCUGGAGCUUGACAAGAGCUCUAGGAUCUUUCAGCGAUUUUCGAGUGAUAUGCACAGCCUGCGCAAAUAUGAUAAGAGUCGCACAGCAUUACGCAAACUGGAAACUCUGUCUGCAUUUAGAAAUGUAUUCUUUGCAAAUGUGCCGUUUAAAAGCAAGCGCUGUAGAUGUCGAAGACCUUCGAAGCGUCGCACAACUCUAUGGAGUCAUUUUCAGCUCUCGAAUCAAGCAGAUGCAUAUGGAAAGAGCCAUACAUAUGGGUUACAUCGUCUUGCGGAUCUGCAGUUCAAUUCGUGCUCAUAAGAUCAUUCUUCCGUUGUUGCCGCAUCUGGUGCGAGUACUUAUGAAGGGAAAACAUUUUAGUAAUCUGUAUGGCGUUCUAAAAGAUAUGUACGAUUUUUCAGAAAUGGACAUCGACAUCUCGGGCAAAAUUUGGUACUAUGAUGAGUGUUUGUGCUUGCACAUUGAAACUGGGUACACGCUGCUCACUUAUUGCAAUUGCGAACAUUUCUAUAAAAUGGAAAGUGAAUCUUGGGUUCGCGUAAGAGAUCCUGAUGCUAAGAAAAGGUUCUUUGCUGUUAUGUGGCUAUGGUGUUUGCGAAAUGAACAAUGGGAAGAGGCGUUAAUUUGGAGUGAAGAAGUUGAUGAUUUUACCUCUAUUACCUUAGAAGAUACUUUGUCAAACAAAUUUUCAGCAAUGUAUGUGUUGGAAGGUCUGCUUUUGUAUUUAGUAUAUAAAGUAGAUAGACACAACACGGUAUCACUUUAUCGCGUUUGGGCACACAUUGAUAAGUUAAUCAAGGCUCUUGAAAAGGCAUCUAAGACGGCAGAGAUCAUGUUGCCUAGAUUGUACCAUUUAAAAGCAUACUACAGAUUUAUUACAACAAAUAAGGAUGAUACAGUGCAUAAGUUGCUGGACACAGCAACUUCUUACGCACAAAAACAUAAAGAUUUACUGGAGGAGGAAUGGAUUGAACACUCAAAGAAAGCCUGGAAUAAUCAGCUCCCCGCAGCUGUUGUGGACUUUUGGAAGGACCACUCGGAUCCUGACAAUUUAGCCCCCUUUGACGACGUCGCAAUGAAUCAAAAAAUAGGAUUUUUUACUUUACCUACACCACAGUAUAUGUAG